AUAGUUGUCACACAACGUUAUCUUGUUUUCUGUUGUUUGGUUUCCUUCCUAUCCCACCAUUACCAAAUUCAUUCCUUGAACCACAUCGGCGCAAACACACAUAUGAUGUUUCUUUCUUCAUUUUUCUAAUUUGAAUGAGCCUCCUCCAUGCCUUUGAUUGAGAUAACAAAUCCACAUUUACUCAGGGUUCCAUUCCCAUACUCUAAGCUUUCCUUUGCCGCCUCAUUCAAUAAUGAAGCCUGGAAUUCCCAUUCAUUCCCAAAACACCCUUUACGUUCUUCUUCUUCUAGGUUACCAUUUCUCAUUAAAGCCGUUGCCACCGCCGACAUGGAAACUAUGCUUGAUGUACCUGAACAACCACUUGAUGAGAGAGAGAAGUUGAGAAGAUCCAGGAUUUCUAAAGCUAAUAAAGGAAAAUCUCCAUGGAACAAAGGAAGAAAGCAUACUCCCGAAACUUUGCAGAAGAUCAAGGAAAGAACACGCAUCGCAAUGCAGAGUCCUAAGGUCAAAAUGAAGUUAACUAAUCUUGGACAUGCACAAUCGCCAGAAACUAAACUCAAGAUUGGUGUCGGAAUCAAAAAACUAUGGGAAAAGAAGCGUGAAAUCAAGAUGCUACAGGAGACUUGCUGCUUUCACUGGCAGAAUUUAAUUGCACAAGCAUCCAGACAAGGCUUUAUUGGUCAGGAACAGCUGCAAUGGAAUUCCUAUGAAACCUUGGAUUGUCACCUUAAGCAGGAGUGGUUGGAGAGUGUUGAACAAAGGAAACUAAUGCCAAGGUCAACUUCAGGCAGCAGAGCACCCAAGUCCCUUGAACAGAGAAAAAAAAUUGCACAAGCCAUUGCUGCAAAAUGGGCCACUCCCGAUUACCGUGAAAGAGUUAUUUCUGCAAUUGUCAAGUAUCAUGAUUCUAAUUCUACUGAAAGGAAACCUAGAGCAAGGCCAAGUUAUAGUGCACAACCCCCCAAGAAGAGGAAACCCGUUACAAAAAAAGAUUCUGAUAGCAUUUUUGUAAAGAAUUCCUCCAAAACUGUUAAGCCAAUCAAGUUGAGAAAAAGAAAACCCCCUGCCUAUAAGGAUCCUUUGGUGAAUUCCAAGCUUGAGAUGAUAAAGAACAUUAGAGCGCAGAGAGCUUCCGUGGAUACCAGACAAACUCAGGCCAUUCAACAAGCAAGACUGUUGAUUGCUGAAGCUGAGAAAGCUGCCAAGGCACUUGAGGUUGCUGCGGAAAAGAGUCCCAUUGCUCAGGCUUCUCUAUUAGAAACAAGAAAGCUUAUAGCUGAAGCUAUUCAAUCACUUGAAUCCAUUGACACACAAAAGACAGAAGACUGUAAUGUCCCUUCAGUUAGUUUGAGUGAGGAGGUCAAUAAGAAAAACGAAUCAACAUUUGAAGUUGGCAACCAUUCACAAAUGGUUCAUAUAAAUGGACACACAACUCUAUCAUCAAGCGUCUACAAGUUGUCUGGAGAUUUUGGUUAUCUUUCUCUGGAGAGGCCAGUUAAUGGUGAUCCAGAACUUCAACUAACCAAUGGUUGUGCUUCCUUCCCUUUCAGUUUGAAUAGCCAGAUAAACCAAUAUAGCUCAUCAAAUCUGGAAAAGGAAACAGAACAGUAUGAGAGCAGCGAAAACGAAUCAGAUGAUUCUCCAGCUGAAGAUGAAACACUAUCAAAAUCUGAUUCUCCAACUGAAGAUGAUACACCAUCAAAAUCUGAUUCUCCAGCUGAAGAUGAAACACAAUUAAGAUCACCUGUAGCAACAAAAAAGUGGGUUCGCGGAAGGCUCGUUGAACUGAAUGAAGAGCAACAGUAAAAUGUUUUGCAGCAUAAUACAAAACUGUUUGUUGCAUGUCAUAUAGAUCACCACCACAAUUGUCCUUGUUUAACAUUGUGAUCAACCAAAUCAUUAGUUGAAAUGAUUUGUAUCAGGCAACCAAGGCUAGGCAGAUAGACAGAUGGCGACUAAAAUAGCAUUAGCUAAAGAGAGAAUGCACUUUUGUUAGUUUAUAGGAUCAUCAUUUACUUCAUUUGAUCUUGUUACAUUAAACUAUGAAUUAGUUAAUCAUAUAAUUAUGUUACAUUUA